UGCUAUGUAAAAAUAGUUAAUUUCCUAAAAUGUAUUAAAAACAUGCAUAUAACAUGUUUAGAAGUGUUUCUCGAGUUGUUUCUCUCGAGUAUCAUCACCUGGGCAAAACAGGAAGUUUCGGGUUAGCUGCCUAUUGCUCAGAACAGCCAGGUACACACCCGCAGAAACUUGAAUCUACCCGGAAGACUUCGCUCUCUCCAGUCACACAGAUAAACGCCCUCGCCAGGUUUGUAUUUUCCGUGUGUGUGCGGGUGUACCUGCAAAUCACCUGCAGUCGACAACAAACAGCCGCAGUUAUUUAGGAAACAAAGGCCUUUCGCCGGAAUUUACCAGGAGCAGCCAGAAAGUAAGAAACGGAAAAGGACAAAAGUACACUCCGGCCCAGGUUUCCUCCUCCCGGGAACUAACAGAUAUCGAACAGACAUGGAUCCAUUGGAUUCCGGCAUGCGAUACACCCCAAAACCUCAGGGUAGGGACUGGGACUCCUCCGUCCAGUUCCUCCCAGCGUCCGACUCCAGGAAGAUGGAGAAGAAGAAGGGGCCGGGGAAGGUGGGGGCGAUCAUCGGCCUGGUGAUCUUCGCUGCGAUCGUUGCGCUCAUGACCGGGCUGCUGGUGUGGCAUUUCCACUUUCGUAAGGAGAUGAAGAUAAAGAAGAUGUACGGUGGCUCUAUGAGAAUCACCAACCAGGCGUUCAACAAUGCCUACGAGAAUCCCAACAGCACAGAGUUCAAAGCGCUAGCCAAGGAGACGGUUCGCCAGCUGAAAACCGUCUACUCCAAAAUACCGCAGCUCUCCAAAUAUUACGUUACUUCCAAAGUGCAAGCUUUCAGUGAAGGCAGUGUGAUCGCCUACUACCUGUCGGAAUUCAACGUGCCGUCGGCGCAGGUGUCCGCUGUGGACACCGCCAUCCUGUCCCUGGAUAAGUUCGUGGACCAGCAGCAGGGCCGCAUGCGAUCGUCAGGGAAGGACCAGCUACACCUGGACCACGUGGAGGCCAGAGCCCUCGAUCAGCGAAUGUUCCUGUCCAGUUUCAAAGCCUUUUACCUGUAUAACUACCAUGUCAAGGGGGGGCAGGUUGGGACCCUGGAGUCUCCCGGGUUCCCAGACUACCCCUACAACCCAGACACCUUCGGGCAGUGGCUGAUUCGGGCCGACCCGGGCAACGUGGUCAGGCUGGAGUUCGACACCUUCAACCUGGAGGAGGACUGCGCAAAGGACUUCGUCAAGGUGUACGACUCGCUGAUCCCCAUCGAGAGCCGGCUCAUGGCGGAGGAAUGCGGGCACUACGCUCCCAAUGAGCCCCUGGUAUUCACCUCCUCGAGCAACGUGAUGCUGAUCACUCUGGUCACCGACGACAGCAACGAGUUCCCCGGCUUCCUGGCUCACUUCUCUCAGAUGCCCGCCACCCGAAACAAAGAGUGCGGUGGCCAACUGGCAGGACCGAGAGGCAACUUCACGUCUCCCAACUACCCCGCCUACUAUCCUCCCGGGGUCACCUGCGUGUGGAACAUUAAGGUCGCUGCGAACAAACAGGUGAGGCUGUCGCUCCGGGAGCUUCUGAUGGCAGAACCCGGCCAGGGCACCGGUAGCUGCACCAAGGACUACGUGGAUGUCGACGGGAAGAAGUUCUGUGGAGAACAGAAGGCCAUCACAGUCACCAGUAAGAAGAACGAGAUGAAGGUCACGCUUUCUUCUGACACUUCCUACGUGGACCAUGGCUUCUUUGCCAAGUACGAGGCAGUCGACCCCUCUGACCCCUGCCCGGGGAAGUUCCAGUGCGACAACACCCGCUGUAUCAAAGAGGAACUGGAGUGUGACGGCUGGAACGACUGCGGCGACAACAGCGACGAGAGAAACUGCAAAUGCACGGACAGUCAGAUCCGGUGUAAGAACACCCUGUGCAAGCCCAGAUUCUGGCAGUGCGAUGGCGUCAACGACUGCGGGGACAACACCGACGAGCAGGGCUGCGGUUGCGGCGCUGGAGAGAUCACCUGCAAGAACGGAAAGUGCGUCUCCGAGAAGAAGAAGUGCGACAAGCGUGACGACUGCGGGGACGGCUCGGAUGAGCUGGACUGUCCGGAAAUUGCCCAGGUGACCUGCACAGAGUACACUUACCGCUGCAAAAAUGGAAAGUGCAUCAACAAGCUGAACUGUGAGUGCGACGGGGAAAAUGACUGCGAGGACGAAUCCGACGAGGCAGACUGCGACUGCGGGAAGCAGCCGUACAGGUCCCAGCGCAUCGUGGGCGGGCAGAACGCCGAGGUGGGCGAGUGGCCCUGGCAGGUCAGUCUCCACGUCAAAAACUCCGGGCACGUCUGCGGCGCGUCCCUCAUCAACGACCGCUGGCUGGUGACGGCCGCCCACUGCGUGCAGGACAGCGCCAAAGUCAAGUACUCGCAGCCAGGUACGUGGGAGGCCUACCUGGGCCUGCACAAGCAAGGAGAGAUGGAAAAGACGACGGAGAAGAGGAACAUCAAGCGCGUCAUCCCCCACCCGUACUACAACUCCUACACCUUCGACAACGACAUCGCCCUCAUGGAGCUGGCCAGCCCCGUUACCCUCGGCCAGAGCAUCAAACCCGUCUGCCUGCCCAGCGACUCGCACGACUUCCCCGCCGGCAAGAACGUCUGGAUCACAGGGUGGGGAGCCACCCGGGAAGGCGGCUACGGAGCGCCAGUGCUGCAGAAGGCGGAGGUGCGGAUCAUUAACGACACCAUUUGCAACAGCCUGAUGGCCGGGCAGAUCACCUCGCGCAUGCUGUGCGCUGGUGUUCUCAGCGGAGGGGUGGACGCGUGCCAGGGUGAUUCCGGCGGCCCGCUUUCGGCUAAAGACGUGAACAGCGGGCGCGUGUUCCUGGCGGGGGUGGUGAGCUGGGGCGACGGCUGUGCCCGUAGGAACAAGCCCGGGAUCUACACACGGGUCACCAAGUUCCGCGCCUGGAUUAAGGAGAACACGGGCGUCUAGUGUCCGGAAAGGGGGGGGGGGGGGGUAUUGGGGUGGACAGACAGAUGGAUGGACACCUGCUCUGGUUGGAAGCAAAGACCCUGGAUCCUGGUUAAUUCAAGAUGAUUCACUUCAGAUCUUACUGCCUACCCUGUGGCAUUGUGUACACCCCCCCCCCUCCGAGCCUCACUACGGCCCAGAACCAAGAGCAAUGGGACUUCGGUUUGCACUCCCAUCCCUCAAAACUGUGCCACGAUUCAGUUAACAUGUGGACCCCCCCCCCCCAACCCAAACUACAGACUGUUGUCAAAACACAAACCUUUUUUAAUUUGAAUUCCGAAUGAAAUCAAUUGUCUGUUUUUUUGUGUCCGUGCGUGCGUGUGAUUAUGUAUGUAUGUAAAUGUGUGCGUGUGUGCAUUUUCUAAAAAUUUGUUUUAUGGUGGGGUUGUUACAGAUUUAAGAUGUGUAAAUAAAUGUUUUAUUUUAUCUUUUAAAUGUUCUGUUUUAUAACUGCUUUAUAGUUUAUCUGCCGAGUGAUGUUGAUUCCGCAUGUUUGGACAUGGGAAAAAGUGCUCUGUCACGGUGGUGAAGGGACAUUGUAUCCUCUACUUCUUGCCUGUAGCGUGUGGCACAGCGCGACUGCAACAAUCACCGUUGGUCCAAAGCCAGUCGUUCACUCGCUCUGGAAACCGAUGUACUUAUUUUUGUAAUGACGGUGCAACUUUUUACAAAGGAGAAAUUUAUUUUUUAUUUUUUGUUACUCCGGCUUUGAGGACCAGUGCUUCUUGACUGUGAAUCAAAUUCUUACACCUCCUUUUCUGCCCUGUCGAGUGUUUGAAUGUCUGUCAAGUUCACCGUACCAUUUAUCACCAGGGAAUCCAUAUCUAGGUGAAUGGAACAGGGGCAUUUCUGCGAUAUGUGAAUGUUUUUUUUUCUCCGAAAAACCUGAUGAAAUGCUGAUGUGUGUAUGUAUGGAAUUCAUUCCAAAGCCGUAACAAAUUAAUGAAUUUCAAACUGUUAACACUUCAUUAAACGCCCACAUCUGGUUAAUGACUCAAUCAGGAGACCAAGCACCAAGGUGUGUGAGAGACUGA